AUAACAUUCCUUGCAUUCAGGGGCUGUGCAUAGACAAGCAUUGUUAUAUCGGUGUAUUUAAGACAAAUAAUAAUAAUAAUAAUAAUAAUUAUUAUUAUUAUUAUUAUUGAAAAUGGCCAGUUCUUUGAUGCAAUUUUUCGGCUUUAUUUUGGCUUUGGCAGGCUUUAUCGGACUAAUAGUGUGCACCACCAUGAGUGAAUGGAAAACCUCGUCGCACCCUGGACCCAGUUUGUUGACAGCCCAGACCAGCCAGGAGGGACUCUGGAUGUCCUGCGUGACCUACAGCACUGGACAAGUCAACUGCAAAGUUUUUGAGUCACUUCUGGAGCAGUCAACCGACAUGCAGAUCACCCGGGCAUUAAUGGUUAUCAGCAUCCUUCUAUCUUGCUUGGCUGUCAUGUCUUCAAUGGCUGGCAUGGAAUGUACCACUUGCAUGGAUGAUAAACAACAGCUUAAAGUGAAGGUGGCUUUUGGGGGAGCAGUCCUCUUUGUAACUGCAGGAUUGUGUGCUCUGGUGGCAACCUCUUGGUAUGGAAACAAAAUCAUGGUGAAUUUCCACAAUCAACACCACGAAUCCCAUCACCACACCAGGUAUGAUUUCGGCAAGGCUCUGUUCCUGGGAUGGGCAGCUUCAUGCCUGUCACUGCUCGGAGGGCUUAUACUCUUCUGUAACUCAAAGGCGGGGAAUUCGGGACAAUAUGACCAGUAUGCAGGACCUUUACAGUCUUCAGCCAAAUAUAUAUAAAGCCUUCCCAAGCAGUGUGGAGUUCCUAUCAUCACCCAGGAACUGUGAACGCAAAGCAAUACAUACUCCUGCUGCCACGUGCAGUCAUUUUACUCUCCUUGCGCGAAUGGUUUUGUAGGACUGUACAGAAGACAGCCUCAGAGGGGCCUGCCCUGUAUGUCAAAUGCGAACAUUAACCAAUGCAGAAUAUCUCUCUGUGAUAUUGGUCUGCAGAGUUCAUUUUAUAUAAAAAUGCCUUUGAUUUGAAGUCUUGGCAGAUACUGAAGAUAUCACACAAAGUUUUGUUAAAAGGUACAUGCCAAAUGGAGAUUCUAAAUCUGAUCUGAUAAUAAUGUAUUGAUAUAUGAUUUAUAUUUAUGAACAGAUGUUAAGCUCACUCUUUAUUCAGUGGAGUAAGAUACAAUGAAAAAAAUGUAAAUUUGAAGGCAACCUCCAUCAAUAAUAAAGCACUGGACACAGCUUAUGCAUCUCAUAGACAUGAAACAUCAGCUCUUUAUUCUGUGACUGUGUUCCAGCUUAUUCCUUUUUGUGUAUGAAAAAAGACAGUACAACUUCUUAUAAGUUCACUACUUAUACCUUACCGCUUUUGUCACUAAGUUCAUUUUUAAAUGUCUAUAGAGAGUGUAGAUAUUGUGAUUUCAAGAUCGAAAACAUUUUUUGAGAAUUAUUGUUCAGUAAAAAUAUUUGAUUGUACUGUUGUUUUGAGGCAUAAAUAUUGGGUGACUUCAGCUAUUUUGAAACUUCAAACAGAAACUAACUUUAUAUGUUGCCAAAUAAUUGCACUUAAUUAAACAUAAUUAACAAUU